AUGUCGCGACGAAGCCCUGCAGCGGGCGGUAACGGCCCCGAGAGCUCUGAAACCCCCAAGGAUGCCGGCCAGGAUAAACAGAAGAUUCUCCUCUCUGCAGACACCGGCCACUUCAGCUUAAUCAGGGCCUUGCAUCUUGCUGAUUUUAUUACGGAACUAAAUGUGAUGUCGAUAUUUUCGUCGUUGAGAUACUGCCUAGGUGAAUCUCACCAUCACGGGAAUAUCUGGAUGGCUCUUGGCUUCAUUCCGUUCGGCCUCUUCUUCGACUUUAUGGAUGGAAAAGUUGCCAGAUGGCGGAAAAAGUCAUCGUUGAUGGGACAGGAACUCGACUCUCUGGCAGACCUGGUCUCGUUUGGCGUUUCUCCAGCAGUGGCAGCAUUUUCGAUCGGAAUCAGAUCGCCAGUUGACCACGUCCUACUCACUCUCUUUGUGCUCUGCGGUCUUACCAGACUUGCUCGAUUUAACGUCACUGUUGCAACACUCCCUAAAGACAAGACGGGGAAGUCGAAAUACUUUGAAGGCACUCCCAUCCCGACAACGUUAGUGCUUGUGGGGAUAAUGGCGUACUGGCUGUCUCAGGGUUGGAUCUUGGAUGACCUUCCACUUGGAGUGAUGCUCCCAGGCACCGCACUCGAAUUUCACCCCAUUGUUGGCAUGUUUCUUGUCAGCGGCUGCCUCAUGGUAAGCAGAUCUAUACAUAUCCCAAAGAUAUGA